AUGAGGUACAUAAUCUGAUCCCAAAGCAGCCAAAUGCAACACUAACGUUCUCCGUCAGCCUUGAAAGUGCUCUCGGAGCAGCAGGAAGGCAACCGUUUUUUCCACGACGCGAGACGGAAAUCCGAGCAUGGACUCCACCAGCCCUGUGACGAACAAUGUAUCACCAGAGUCGACCGUGACAACCUUGCUGUCGAGCUCAGGCCACCUUAGAAGCAGCCUGCUGGUGACUGACCUCGGCACCGCCUUCAAAUACCAAGAUAAGGAGUAUGACUCCGCCUCAGCUGCGUUGGAGGCCUAUAUUGCUGACUUUGACAAAAGUCACAACUUGAAGUCCUCAAUCUUCCUUCCACAAAGUCCAUUGUAUAACUCGAGAAGACCCCGGAUGAGCACUUUCAGAAACAAAUCUGUUCACAAGGAGCAUUUAACUAGUAAAGACGUGGAUUUCCUGACCCUACCUGUCAGUUCCCUACGUCACCGUGACAACCAUGACCGACUUUCGAUGACAACAGACGAGCUGCUGUCUGUCCCUCGUGAUGGUUCCAUGCCUGUCACUCACACGACCGCCUUCAUCCAAGGUGUCCUGUCUCAAUCUUUGCCUUCAAACACACACAUCCCAUCCAGACCAGGAAGCCCAGCAGAAGAUGACAUGUCCUACCUACGUUCAAGCAGAAGUUGCAGGAGCUGCAGGUGCAAAAAAGAACCAGAAGUUCCCACUUCAAAACAAGAUGUCCCCUUCGUCAGAUGCUUAACGUGUGCGCACAGAGCAGCAAAGGACGCAGAUAUGUUACCGUCGCUUCGUUCACUUGGCCGGGUCACUGGGAACAAGGCGGACAUGGACAACUCUACCAUCAGCAGUGUAGAAGAACCAAAACUGAAGUACCCAGCGUGGAUCCUAAACUGUGACUUCAGUGAGCCACCGCCCCCAUCACAGGAGGACAGCCAACAGAGUCUAAGAAAUCUCCGGCUUCAGUUUGCUGAACAAAUAUCGUUACUUGCCUCUGACAGAAAGAAGCCAAACUUCACGGAGUCCCUUUUGAGAGGCAAUCAUCUUGAGUCUUUGAUCCAGAAAGCAGAUCAAGUUGUGAACUCUCUGUAUCAGAGUUUUGGAGCAGCAAAUUCUGCUUGCAUUGACGAUGUGAGUGCCGUGAACAGUGAAGAACUGCAUGUCUGUUCAUCUUCGACCCACAUUGAUUCAGCAAAGGCAGCAGAAGGCAUCUCUGAGGCUCCAUCAGAGGAAAUCCAUCAGACUCGCUAUGGAAGUCAGCAUGGUUGCAGCAUCAGUGAGCAGCCAGGUCCAUUGGAGGCUCUUAAACAGAUGAUGUUCAGACUCCAGACUGUGGAGACGGCGCUUCAGCAGCAACAACCACCAAAUGCUUCAGCCUCCACUAACUGCUGGCAGAGUGAGGAAGCUCUGAAGAGGUCUGAAGGUGAAGCUGAGCAGACGUUAUCUGGAGGGCUGUCUCUACAAAGGGCUCUGCAUCAUCUGAGUCGCCUGAAGCUGCUGCUGGAGGAACCGAGAGAAAAGCAGGAUGAAGAUGAGGGAUGGUACUCUUCUUUAUCAAAUGACAGACCUGCACACACAAAGCAGGACCUUUGUUGAAAGUGUAAGACUGUAGUAGAGCUUCUCAAUGUUCUCUUAAUGCUUACACAAAAUCAGCUGAUGAAUCUGCCUUGAAUGUGUUUAUAUUUAUUUUGUGACAAUUACAAACGUAUGCAACUUAUAUAUUUGCAUUAUAUAACGUGUUACGCAAAAAAAAAAAAAAAAAAGGCCAGUGUAGAGUAUGCUGGUUCUCAUGAGAAUUAAUAUCAAUAUAUAUAGAUUCCAGUAUGGAAUAGAUGUUCUGAAGUGGAAUACACAUUUCUCAUGGUCAUCAAGUUCCUAAUUCACUAGAACCUCAAUCAACAAUCUUUCUUUAUCCCAAACAACAUUACACCAAGCUUAAAUGUCAACACUGAACACGCACACAAACACACAAGUCUCGUUGGUGUGCUCCAAAAAAUUGAAAAGGAAAAUCAUUUUACCUUCUGUCUAUAGCACGGGUCGGGAACCUUUUUGGCUGAGAGAGUCAUACAUGCCAAAUAUUUUAAAAAGUAUUUCCGUGAAAGCCAUAUAAUAUUUUUUUUAAGACUAAAUACAACUAAAUGCGUGCAUUUUUAAGUAACACCAACAUUUUUAGAGUAUAAUCAGUCUCUUUUUCUUUUUAAUAACAUUGUUAUUCUGAAGCUAACCAACAAUAAAUAAAAUACUUCUUGAACAGGUGCGGUAGAAACCGGAUGGAUGGAUUAAAAUGCAUGAGAAUGUUUUGUAUUUUGAACGUUAUUUUUGACACUGUGAUUACCAGCGGAAUUAUUCAUUACUUACCGUGUUGAGCAAGGUCAGCUCUAGAGCCAUAGGUUCCCUAACCCUGGUCUAUAGGCUGACCAUAUUGUGAAAUCCCAAAAAGAGGACCCAUAUAUGCGUGCCAAGGCGGGCAGCACGCCAAGGCCGGGACUAGGUGAAAAUUUGCCAAUGAUACUUGAACUUGCUUAAUAAAUUAUAUAUUUAUUUAAAUAAAACAUUUUUUCUCCUCUGUUGACAGCAGUGUUGGCGCUAGCAAUUUUCCCAUGUCCAUUUGUCCCAUGGACCCCAUCAAGUCAUAAAAAUGGGGUCCGACAGUAAAUUUUUGGGGUCCCACUUUUUUGUAAGAGUUUUGAAAACAAAUGAUAAACGAAUGCAUUAUCCUGUUAUAUCUCACAUUAUAUAUUGUGUUUUGAAAAAAGGUUGUCAUAAACGUCACUUAAUUCAUGAAAAGAAAUAAUUUAAAAAAAAGAAAUAUUUGUAUGCACAUGUAAAUGUAUUCAGUACUACCACAAUUGCCAACCCUCCCGAUUUUUCCGGGAGACUCCCGUGUAUCAGUGCCCCUCCCGGGGCAACUAUCCUCCCGAAUUUGUCCCGGAUAACAUUAUUGAGGGCGUGCCAUGAUGGCACUGCCUUUAGCGUCUUCUGCAAACUGCCGUCGCUUCAGCUUUCCCUCCGUACAAACAAUGUGCCGGCAAAGCCACCUUCCGUAAGCGGCCUUUUCAGACACACGUAAGUGAAUGCAAGGCAUACAUGGUCAACAGCCAUAAAGGUCACACUGAGGGUGGCCGUAUAAACAACUUUAACACUGUUGCAAAUAUGUGCCACACUGUGAAACCACACCAAACAAGAACGACAAACACAUUUCGGGAGAACAUCUGCACCGUAACACAACAUAAACCCAACAGAACAAAUACCCAGAAUACCUUGUAGCCUAACAUUUCCGGGAUGCUACAAUAUACACCCCCCCCACCCCCCCCAUUUCCCGAACUCGGAGGUCUCAAUGUUGGCAAGUAUGAUCUAAACUCUACCGCUGCUGGUAGUUUUUUCUAUGUUUUUAUUCAUGUAUUUUUUUAAUUUGAUUUAUUUGUACCUGAGAUAGGCACCAGUGCCCCCCGCGACCCCAAAGGGAAUAAGCGGUAGGAAAUGGAUGGAUGGAAGUUGUAGUUGUAUUUAUUUCAGUAUAAAAGUGUAAAAAGUGUUUUACUUGGGUCAUGAAAUGAUGACAAUGGUGUGCCAGGGCACACAUACAUUUAACAUUUAACGCUUAAAUCUAUGGAGUCUACAUCAACUUCAAAUGUAUUCCUCAUUUCAAAAUGUUUUGGUUUUUUUCUGAUGUUUUUUGUUUGUUUGUUUUCCGCCUUUUUUUGUCAAACAAAACUAUUUUUUUGUCACGCCUAUGAAUCAUGUUUUGUUUUGGUCAUGUUAUGUUUUGUUUUUUGGACACUUGUUUCCUGUUUUGCCCUUCCUGGUUUGUUUUUGUUACCAUGACAACUCAUUGAUUUUCACCUUGCCCUCAAGUCACGCCCUUGUCCUCAGCCCUCACACCUGUUUGUAAUGAUCAAAGUUAUUACUUCAGCCAUUCUGUUUCUGUCUUCAUCCUGGCAACUUUACCUUACCCACAUUCCAACGACCUACCUACAGAUCCCGCAUAUUCCUAUCUGCUUCAUGCCACGUUAUGCCAUUCGUUUUUUUCCACGACACGUAAGUUAUAUAUUUAUGCCUCAGUGCAAGCCCUGUUUUUUCAUGCCACCACGCUAUUGUUUUUGUUUCACGUUUAUAGUUUACAGCCUUUGUUCUAGUCAUUUGUUUUUGUAUCCAAGUGUUUGUUCUCCGCCAUUGUGCGCGCCCUUUGUUUGCCUUUGUGUAGUUUGUUUGUGUUAGUGUUAAUAAAUCAAGAUGUACUUACAUUCA